AGGAUUUCUCGUUGAGACCAUUCAAUGUCGAACUUUUUUCAAUAGUUAAGAACCGCGUAUAAGCCUAAUUUAAAGUGACUCCGCUCUUGUGUUCACGAUUAACAGGAUCGCACUACAUAAGCUCGUCGCUGAUAGAGAUUUCCUAAAGACAUGAAAUUAAAAUCAAAAUACCUAAUAAAAGAAUUCGUGGUUCUGCUAGACUCGGACUGAAGAAGGAACUUCCUUGAAUGAACAAGAGAGAAAUGGAUGCGCAUUCAGAGAACUAUACAAUUAUCUGAAAUGAUGGUAAGCAGCGGGCAGUUGGACACGCUUCGAAAACCUCGCUUAAGAAAUGUGUUUAACAUGAUAUGGGCUGCGCUUCGAGCAACCAACAACCACAAUCUGAAUUGACGAAAGUAAUGGGCGAAAAUCUUCUGGAUUCGUAUUUGCAAGUGGAGAAGGACAUCUGGAACGAGGAGCAGGAUGCACCAGCUCCGAGAUUGGGCCACGCGAUGGCCCGACUGGACAGGCUCAACACGGAGAUCGAAACCACUCUCGCCAGCCUCACGGAGGACCGCGAGUACAACGUCCUGGCUUCCAACGUUCUCACAGAUCAUGUCGCGAUGAUAGAAACCUCGGACGAAUCAAUAAGGCGUUGCCUUGUUGAACUGGAAAUUAAUAGGAAUAUGCAACAAGCCUUAGAGCACGAGGAAUUUAUAGCCAAUUUGACUCGGAAGGCACUUAAAACUCACCAAUUGUACCUGUUGAAUAGAAAAAAAAUGGACACCGAAGACGAAAUUACUAAAUUAAGUGAGAAAGUUCAGCGAUUGCAGAGGCUGUACGAACACCAGGAACUUAUUUUAGUCGAGGGACUCGGUGCAUCUGGAUCUAGAUCUGAAGUAGAACUAGACCGAAUACGAAGUUACAGGGAUACGCUUUACAGCGGUGAGCUCACAUGGAUGGAAGCGAUCAAACUUGUUCAGGCCUCCAGUGUUCUUACCAGCGCUGGCGUUGAUAGUUGGUUAGCCCUACAAAGUGCCGUGUCUGCGGACUCGCGAUUUACCCUCGCGACGGAGACUAGGAAUACGAUUCAAGAAGCAGCUUUGAACGUUCAAACAGCGCAGUCACUUUUACCAGCAGUAUCAUUCCCAUAUUGUACGUCGAGAGAAAUUUUAGCAAUACUUCAGAUUCUUGAAUAUAUUUACACCGACCUGCAAAUAUGGGAAAGGUACUCACACGCGACUGAAGUGUACAAGAGCUUCCAUAAAAGAGUGUCUGCACUAGCCAAGUGGAUUAAUCAGAUGAUGGAGGACACCAUCGUUAAGGACGUCUAUGAGGUAGAUCAAAAAAUUGAGGUUCUCUCAGGUGAACUGCGGAGUGAGAGAGUGGAAAAAAUCAAACAAAAGGUUUAGAGUUUGUGAAAUAAUUGCUCAUAGAAAAUUGCUGCCAUAAAUUUAAUUGUGCCACAAUAUCAUACUGGAUGCCGCUACUUUUGGAAGUCGACCAGUUUGCGAUGUAACGAGGGGUGAUCCGAAAAUGCAGCACGUGGAAGAUACCCACAGACCUGUGAUCCAGCAUGUUUGUUCCUCUUUUUCUCAUUAAGUUUCCAAAUUUUAUCAACUGUUUAUAAGUUCACUUUAAUAAAUCCUAAAAAAUUUGUUGUCAGAUUUA